CCCAUUAACUACAGUGACUCACCUUGCCAAUACAUGUGCUGAAACAUGAGCACGAACAGCAAAGGAAAGUAAUGGAGGUUCGGGGAAAACUUUCCUGAGCCAGAAAUCAGUUUUGUCAUGUGCUCUUACAUGCGCCGUGCAAACAGGGACUGCAAACGUUGACAGCCUGUGUUAGUCCUAGAGAAAGGAAGGCUGUAUCUUUAAUCAAGUAGAGAAGUGAGUGAUUGACAGCUAGAAAUUGGAGCCGAUGAAACAGACAGGCGACCAAUGAGAAAGAUCCAUUAGAAAACACUGGAGGCCCCUGGAGGAGAAGCAAAGGAAAAACGAGUGAAUUGAACACAAUCAUAGGUCUGGGCUGCCUUGAAAGGACUCUACAUCAACUAAUUCAUGCUAUUUACCAAAUCUGACGGGAAUAUUUAUAUGCGAUCGCUCUGCACCCAUUCAGGCUGACCGGGUCCAGCAAGGCACAGUCUACCCACCUCAAUGCUGAAGAGUAGGACGAGCUAAGAGUUUGCGAUGAGCUGCGGAAUCGACGGAUACUACGACCAGCAAGUGCCUUACAUGAUAACAACUCCUAAGCCAUAUGGAGGGAAAUGUAGUGAAAGGACAAGUGAAAGGAAAAGGAAAUUCAUUGAUACAGAUUUAGCUCAAGAUUCAGAAGAACUCUUUCAGGAUCUGAGCCAGCUGCAGGAAACCUGGCUCGCAGAAGCUCAAGUCCCUGACAAUGAUGAACAGUUUGUGCCAGAUUUCCAGUCUGAAAACUUGGCUUUUCAUGGCCUCCCUCUAAAAAUCAAGAAGGAACCACAGAGUCCCUGUUCUGAGCUGAGUACUGCCUGCAGCCAUGAGCAACCUUUCAAGUUUAGUUAUGGGGAAAAGUGCCUGUAUAAUGUCAGUGCCUACGAUCAGAAGCCACCCGCAGGAUUGAAACCCUCUAACCCGCCAACCCCAUCCAGCACACCAGUCUCCCCCUUGCACCAUGGGUCACCUAAUCCUGCAGCAACUCCCAAACCGGACCGAAGUUUUCCAGCUCAUCUGCCUACCACCCAGCCCAUUCCAGAGAAUGCCUAUCCAAUGGAUCCUAGAUUCCGGCGUCAGCUCUCGGAGCCGUGCCAUUCAUUCCCACCUCCACAUGGGCUGCCCAGGGAAGGUCGUCCGAUGUACCAGAGGCAGUUGUCUGAGCCCAACAUCCCUUUUCCCCCUCAGGGCUUCAAACAGGAAUAUCAUGAUCCAGUCUAUGAACAUGCCACCAUGAUUAGUGGGCCCACAAACCAGAGUUUUCCACAGCCGAUGAUGAUUAAGCAAGAGCCACGGGAUUACACAUAUGAUUCAGGUUGCAUGUAUGAAAAAGGUCCUCGACAUUUUUAUGAUGACACCUGUGUAGUACCUGAAAAAUUUGACAGUGACAUCAAACAGGAGCCAGGCAUAUAUCGGGAAGGACCCACUUACCAGCGUAGAGGCUCUCUCCAGCUUUGGCAGUUUCUAGUGGCUCUGCUGGAUGAUCCAGCAAACUCGCACUUUAUUGCAUGGACGGGACGUGGCAUGGAAUUCAAACUCAUCGAGCCGGAGGAGGUAGCGCGACGUUGGGGAAUCCAGAAGAAUCGUCCUGCUAUGAAUUAUGACAAGCUGAGCCGUUCACUGCGCUAUUACUAUGAGAAAGGCAUCAUGCAGAAAGUGGCUGGAGAAAGAUAUGUGUAUAAAUUUGUCUGUGAUCCAGAAGCGCUUUUCUCGAUGGCUUUCCCAGACAACCAGAGGCCAGUGCUGAAAACUGAUAUUGAGCGUCAUAUCAAUGAAGAGGACACUGUCCCUCUCUCCCACUUUGAUGAGAACAUGGCCUAUAUACAAGAUAGUGGCUGUUGCAAUCCCCAUCCAUAUAAUGAAGCCUAUGUGUACUGAUGCAACAUAUUUGGGGAAAAUGACUCCUUGUUUCUUUUCUUUUCUCUAUUAUUUUUCUCUGUAGACCAUGACCCAGGAUUUACUUCAUCUCUUCAGCAUCUCUGACAUCAAGUAAUGGGUCCACGGUUUCUGUCGCAUUAACCCCAUGGUCCACCACCAGGGACAGUGCACUUUAUGAAAAGACUCAUUCGAGUUCUACAUGUUUUUUUCAGGGUAGGGUGGGUGGGGAGUGGG